AUGGAUCCUCCUCCUCCUCCCGUCGUCGAGCCGCAGCAGGAGCGCGAUCGUCGUGACGACCACCAGCAGCAGCAACAGGUGCACCAGCAGCCGCCCUCCAUCACGCAGUCGCAGGCGUCUCGCAGCUCAUUCACAGGCGACGACCACGAGGAGAAGAGCACCGAACAGGCGGACGAGGCGCACGAGAACGACGAAGACAUUAACGCGGCAUCGACGGUACUGGCCAUGGGCUACACGUCGACGUGCGACACGCUGGACGCUCCCGAGCCGCCCGUACGAUCGCGCAGAGAGUCGAUGACGGACGUAAACGCGUCGCUCGAGUCGCUUCGGCGCGUGGCACAGGAACGAGCGCUCGACACGACGGCGUUGCGUCACUGGCGCGUCCUGGAAGACGGUACGCUCGUGGACGCCGACGAGUGCACGUACAGCAACUUGCGAGACGCGCUGCGAGCGUUCACGUACGCCGUGCAGGGCGCUGUGCCGAGAGAAGACAUGUACUACCUCGCCAUCUUGCGACGCAAAGUAGCUGUGCUGGAAUUGCCGCUAGUGGACGGACCCAUUCACGUCUUGAAACUUGGCGCGGUGGUCCCGGAGAAACACUUUUACACGAGCAAGAAGCUGUUUCCAAUUGGAUACGAGACGCUCGUGAACGUGCAAAUUACGAAGCCCGUGACGGUAGCGUUCCGAUUGCGGUGCAAAAUCGUGCAUGGUGGAAAGAAAAACUCUCCGAUUUUUAUGGUAGAACUCGAAAACAGCGCAGUCGAUAUCGUAUUUAGGUCUUAUGUGGCAAGCAAAGCUUGGAAAAAGGCCUUGGUGCAUUUCGAAGGUCUAUCAGUGAAUGAUUUGAUGACCGUGGUCAGCGAAUCGAUGUUUGCUGUAGAAAUGGACGAUAGCGGUACACCCAUCGACGUACUAACGCCUGCCAGCGGCGAAGAUGGGUUUGGUCUGCUACGGCGAAAUAUCACACGCGUGUUAGAAGGACUACACAAAGUGUUGUUGUGCAACGAUUAUCAAUUUUGGGAGCAGCGGCAUCCGAUCACGCCGAAUGUCCACGCUAGGAUUCGCUCGCGUCUGAAGGGUCAACUCAAGGAUAUGCUGAAAGUUCACAGCUCCUUUUAUAAGGAUAAAAUAAGCCGCCAGCUAUCUCAGCAAGCUUUAUUAGAAGAGCACUCUCGUGACCCUGGCAAGCUGCAGCGUCACAAAAAGAAAAAAGAGGAAACUCGGCUUGAAGCUGACAAGCGUAGCGUCCGAGAAGCUGCGCGGAAACUCUUGGAGAUUGAAAUGAAGGCUCAAGAAGAUGUCAAAGAAGCUCAACGGCGGGCAAAAGAAGCGCGCAAAAAUGCAAUUCUUGAGUGCAGGAUGGAAGCUGCUCGACAAAAAGAGGCACGGAAAGAGGCGUCGCGCCUCGCGAGGGAGGAAGAGAAGCGCAUGAGAGAAGAGGAGAAAGAAAUCAGGCGUGCACUGCGGGAAGAGGAAAAGCGCAAGAAAUUAGAGGAAAAGGAAAUGGUGAUGAAGCGAAGAACAGAAGAGCAGCGCCAGCGUCGCCAAAUGCGGGAAGAGCAGAAGGCAAUUCUCGAGAAUGGUGUCGUGACGUCCCCGCUCUCAUUGCGUCGAUUUGGCGACUCAGGGAAGAGGAAAGAGGUGUAUGAUCCUCAUUCCGCUAGACAGCAACAGCUUGUGCUAUUGAAGUUCGUGGAAGAAGAAAGAGAGCGACGCCGGCAAAUUUGUUUGUGGGAGAAGAGGAGCGAAGUGGAAAGCGAGGUAUGGGCUCGUGUCAAAGCCCGCUACACUUCGGAUCUGAAUAGCCAUUCCGCCUCGUCGUAUUCCCACCUCCGCACGAUCACUAAUUCACAUGACGAGCGUGGUACAUUUCCAACACAGGUGAUUUCUCGAGCAGUAGAAUUGGACCCUAUUCCAGUAGACUGUCAUGCUGACCUACUUUUCGUGUGGGACUUUAUUUCGACAUUCUCAGACUGUUUAAAACUCACGGCACUUCCCUCACUACGCGUUUUCGUGGAUAUGAUGAUGCUAAGCGACGGGUCCAGUCCAGUUGGGGACGGGAUAUUAGACGAUGACUCAGUCGGUACACUUUUCGCAUCUUUGCAUGCAGAGCUGCUGAAAGCGCUGAUCAGGGAGUUUUUACCAUUGCUCCAAUUGGGGAUAACGAUCGAUGAGUUUUAUCGCACGCGCCCUUUGAACGCGUUUAGUUGGCCAGAACUCGCACGCGAGGUAUGCCAGUUUGCGAUAGAAUUCAAGCAGCCUAGCGCGGACGAAGUACUUCUUAAGUCGAUAAAGGGCUCCAAAUCGUACCGGGAUGACUCAGUAACGCACCCACUGCGACAGAAGCUAAAUCGACGAGGUAUCCACUUACUGGAAGGGAUACCAUACGAAGAAGAAAAUGAGAGGACGAAGGCUGAUGCGCAAGGCAUGCGUGAAAAAGACUCGACCACACUGGCCUUAGAAGCAAACAAUGCACCUACAAAGUCAAACGAUUAUUACGGAGUGAUCCUUGUUGACGGUGUAUCAAGUCGGCUUGAGGUAGGAGAGAAAGACCAACAUCUUGUUGUGACGAAAAUUAUCGCCACAAAGCUUGGUUCUUCGGACGUUGUAGACUCGUCUCAAGAUACCGCUGGCGAGCUUAAGGACGAUGGCGCUGACAGGAUCCAGGUUGGACAUUACGUUAUGUUUAUCAACGGUCAUGACGUACGCGAAACGUCCCUGGACGACUUGAAUGGUCUUUUGAGUAGCCUAAAGACUCCCCAUGGUUUGUUGCUGUCAUCGGUUGUCCCUGUCGUAAAGAAUCCCGUGAAGCAUAUUGCGACAACACAAGGGGCGACGAAGAUAAAGUGCUGUGCAUUUGUGCUAAAGCUACUUCGAGCGAAAGGAAUUGCUGGGCCCUUCAAUCAGCCAGUGGAUGCCGAGCUCUACCCUGAUUACUACACAAGUGGGGACAUAACGGAGCCCAUGGACCUGGGUACGAUCUCGGAGAAAGUCGAGGAUGAAGAGUACGAGAACGACGAUGUCGAGUCUUUUGUUGACGAUGUGCAGUUAGUGUGGAGAAACUGCUUUGCAUACAACUCGAUGAAAGCGGAAAUCAGUAACUUAGCCCAAAAGUUGUCAUCUACGUUUGAACGGUUGAUGAAAGAGUGGGUCUAUACGACCGCGGAUCGACCGAUGAUUGCUGCAGAUGAAGACAAUUGUCGCAAGUGUCGAACGGUCCACGCGAAGGAACGGUUGCUGCUGUGCGAUCGCUGUGACGCGCCGUAUCACACGUUCUGCCUCGAUCCUUCAUUAUCUGUGGUCCCCAAGGGCGAGUGGUUCUGCUCUCCGUGCCUUGCGGACUCCUCCUUUUCAUCCGGCCCAUUCCAGAAAAAGGUCCGCAGCAUGACAAACUCAGGCGACGGCGCCGACUACAAACGAAGUGAAGGUGAUCUGACGGAGCUGGAAAAACGACUCUUGUCCGCCAUCGAUCUUCUGUCACAGGAGAACUACUCCCAACUUACUGUUGCAGAUCGUCUGAAGGUGCUAAGGGUGCUGUGUGAGCUAAUGGAGGAAUCGUCCGCAGUUCGAUCGAUUUACCUUUCACUUGAAGAAAAAGCGAAUGAUGUGCGAAAGAAUCUGGGCGAACCACUCGCUGACCUAGAGCGCGAAUGGGACCAAUUUCUCCCACCACGCUCUUCGCACGGUGUAGAGCAAACAAAUAAAUUCAUCAUUGAUGGUGUGGAACAUGAGCUGACUGACGAACUGUUGACCUAUUUGGAAGAAAAGGCACAUGCAGAGCUGGAGUCAAAACCUGUUCCUGUGCUGCCCGGAAGUGCUCGGAAGAAACUCUUUGACGGGUCAAAUACGGUAAAGGAAGAAGCCGUGACUGUAGCAAUGGACGCAGAUGACGACGAUUUGUCCGACAACUCUGACGCAGAGGAAGAGAUGUUUCUUGAGGAAUUCGGCGAUCGAUUUCUCCAAGCGUCGACUACGCCGAGCAAGAUCAGUUCUCCCGAGAACGCAUAUAGUGUGCUUUCGCCUCGUCCGCUGUGUGCUUUCUGUGGUUUGGAAGAUGGGAUUUUGAACGGACCGUUAGUCUCGUGCAAGCAGUCGCCAUUGACAGCCCAGACGACGCUGCUGAGAGAAUACGAACUUCCGGACUGGCUGGUAGAUAUGUUGAUGGCUCGAACGCUUGCGGCAAAUGAUCUCGCAACUUUGCAUCUGGAAGACACGGCAGACGGUGUACAAUAUGUAGAAGGCUCCGAUACUAUGUCAAGCCUCAUGUUAGAUUUUGGGUAUUCAGAGAGCCAGGAAGCCCCACCUGGAGGCGUAAAGGGAAUCGUUUACGCGAUCAAUGACCGUGUUGUCUUUGGAAUGAGUUGCGACGCUGUCCGACAUCAUCUGAGCGCUGCCACUCAACCAAUCUUGCUGUACUUGACAUCGCUGCCCGGGGACGCUGUUCGCUCGUCGGUGUCGAUCGUAAAAUGUCACGGCCUGCCAUUGGAGUUGACUUUGGAUGCUCAUGAGUCCUACGUUUUUGUUCAGUCUUAUCGUUCAUCAGCGGAUCUUCCAGUAGGAUUCGGGGAGCUUUCCCGGCGCGUAUUUCCAGGCGAUGUGCUUUUGAUGGUGAAUGAUAUUCCUUUGCACGAAAAGACUUUGGCCGAUGUCGAGGCUUUGCUUGAUGUGGAAUGCUCUAGAGACGCAACGUGUGUUGUCUUCGCCCGUCCACCGUCCACGAAAAUGAGAAAAGCCGAAGAAGAAUGGCAGCGUACUGUAUACGACGUGCCUUCACAGCGCGCGAAGCUGACCGCACUCCGAUCCGACUUGCUUGCACUUCAAAUGAGUGGACCAACCUCGUACGAAGUGGUUUUCGAAGAUGGCCCACUCGGCUUGGCUUUGGCGCUUGAAAGUCGAGGUGUGGUAGUGAAAUCACUGAAUGAUCACCCUGAUGGCACACUGGGCCAAGCAUCUAAGAGUGGACGCAUUUUACGCGGGGAUUUGGUGGAACGUGUCAACAACGAAUCUUAUGGCCAGCUGAGUGAUUUGUCUCAAUUUACGUCGUGGUUGUUGAGCUUGCCACGGCCGCUGAAAAUAACCUUUUCCAGGCAACCACGUGGAGAAGGCGUACAAGCUGUGACUUUUGAUGAGGUGACGAAGAAUCUGGCUGAGGUAGUAAGCAACCCGUCUCUACUGUGCAAGCGGCUAAAACUUCCUACGUCCAGUAAAGUGAAGACUUAUCGCGUCGACUCCUUGCCGCUACCGUUUGAAGCCGAGAAUUGUCUGGAUUCCCUCGGUGUCAUUGCAAUGAAGGGUCUUGUGUACUGCGAGCAAUACGCCAACUGGAAUGAAGUGGACAACGAAGCAGCUAUGCUAACUGUUGAAUUUGGCGACCGUAUUGUAGGGCUUAACGGUAGGUCAGUCGCUGGCUUGAGCUGGGCAACACUAACGGCCUUGUGUGUGGACCUGUCAUCCACUUGUCCUGUGUACAUCCACUUCACUGCAUCCGUCAGACAUACGACGUUGUUGCAAGCCCAUAAAAGUUGUGUUGAAAGUGCCAACGUUGCGUGGUCAGAAUGUAGCUCCAUGCUUCCUCGUAUCGAAAAGAUUCGAGCAGUGGAGAGCUUGAUCAAAUGGUUGGUCAUUCCGAGGACCUUCGCAUUUGGAAAGUGCCGACACGGCUACACGUAUUAUCGCUUCAAUAGCGAUCGCCGGCGAUUAUUCGUGAUGUCUCCGGAAAAGAAGUGGUUGGUGUGCGCUAGGCGGACUCAGCUCGUGCAACUGCUCUCAUAUCUGGAUGAAGAUUCGAAAGAUUCCAUGAUUGCAUUUCAAAUUCGAUGGUGCUAUCAUUGGACUCUUCACAGCGACGAAGAGAGACUUUUGCUGCAGCAGGGCCCCUCGUGUUGCGAGUACUCGAUCGAAGCCUUUCUCCAGGAUGGACCAUUUUCCAUCGAGAAGGAGGUACUUUUAGUAGUGGACGAAGAUGCUGAGAAGUUUGAGUCCUUUGUGGGAUACUAUGGACGCACAUACUUUUUGGGUUCGUUCUGUACGCAGCAGGAGGCAGAAAGCACGCUUCAGCGUGCUGAGACAUUGAUCCGCUCCACAGGGUUUCAUGUGGUGGUAGCUACUGAUGCUUCUACGCUGCGGAAUGCAAACUUCCCUUCAUCCUUGACUGCCCCGUCCCCGAAGGCAGAGCUUGUGGUGAAGCGGGUCUUCAUGCGUAAGUACGAAUACGGAAGUAUGGUGGAUGCGGUUGGAGGGAUGAAGCCCGUUCCGAUCUCACAAAGCAUUUAUCGAAUUAUCCAGCACGGUCUUCGAUCAAAAAAAGCUAUGCUGAAUAACAACCUUGAUGCAACAAGGUCCUCCUUGCAUCAGACGGGGAUGCCGUCUGUCGCAACACCGAGGACGCAAGGAGAACUACAGUCAUUUGCAUAUGCUGCCGCGCAAGCACGCUACCAAGAAAUAUUGAAGCGGAAGCACAGUCAAAUCGAGGACCCGCGGGCACAUCAAGUAGCUGACCAUUUGAAGCGGUCGCGAUAUGCGGAGCCGAGUGGUCCUGCAAACAUUCAGCAACAAUACGCACUUGGCGCGGUCAACAACGCUCUCUCCUUCAAACGCUCACUGCAGUCGUUGGUGGAUCAAGGGCGAUCGAUGUUGGCCGCUUGGAAUCAGUUUGCCGCAUCCGCUACUAUGCAGACGACAAAUGGACUAGCGUACGCCUGUUUGUCCAGUUUUGAAGAGGUGAAAAAAGUGGUGUCGCGUAUUGUUGUCGAUCCUCGUGCAACUCAUCCGGAUCGCAAAACGUUUGUGUGUCUCCAUCACGCGUAUGUGAUGGGAUUGGUUUGUGCUACGGCGACGCAGGCUCUGACAACCAGUAAGAAAACUCGUUCUGAUUCCGCUCUUGUCAAGCAAAUAGCAGAUGCCUUUGCGACAGCGAUUCUCAGCUGCGUGGAUCCGUCGAACAUGCUGCGCACACGCGCACUUGGCGGCUUUGCCACUGCAGCAAAAAAGUGUGAGCUGUCUGAACGCGCUGGUGAUCUGUCGGUUGAACUGCACAAUGUCGCAAAUUUUGUGCUGAUGUUUUUGCGGUUAACGCGGUACUUAUCAGGCGCAACUUUCGAUGAUCUAAGCAACUGCCGGCCGUUGUUUACCUCUACAACGCCAGGAGUAGAAUCCAUGCCUCCAUCCUUCGUGCAGCAGAUCAACGUUCUUGAGAGCAUUCGGCAGACAUUUUAUCGCAAAAUGAAUAUGGCUUCCAGCACGAGUAUCUCAAGUCAGAAUCAGGCGACAACUUCUGUACCAUCUCUUCCGAUAGCAGCACAUGGUAAGACGUCGGGCUCAUUUGCAGAAAAAAUGCCGACGAAACGAACGCAGAAUUUAAGUCAGGUCAGCAACAACAGCAUGCUUGUGAACGUGGAGUUUGGGAGCGGUCCAUUGGGAGUAGUGAUCAAUUAUUCGAGCCAUGGGGCUAUCGUAGUGACGGAGUUUUCGAGUGAUAGCAAUAAAUUAAUGGGGCAAGCUCAGGCGAGCGGCAAGGUGCAGGUGGGCGACGAGGUUUAUGCGGUGAAUGGUAACAAGUUAGGUGUGAUCGGUAUGGAGGGCUUCAAAGCUGCGGUUGCCACUAGCAAACGUCCACUGCAAGUGACGUUCCGGCGGAUGUUGCCAGCUACUCUUGGCGCGUCAGUACAUACACAAAACUCGAAUCUCAGCUUUAAUUACUGUCCACCAAUUAUGGGCACAUCAGGACCUCCUCAUCAAGUUUCCCCUGCAGUGAAUCAGCAAUUACAACAGCCGAAUGCUUUCGAUCAGCAGAUGCAAGCGAGGAGCAUCAACAGCAACGGAUUGUAUGAUAAUGCACAAGCACAAGGCGGAUCAAUCGCUCCGGGUGUCGACUCCGUGAAUUCCAGCGAAAAUUACCAGAGCACGACUCCUGGACAGUUUCCUGGCAUGAGCGGCAAUAUGAAUUCGUAUCCUUUUUCAUCAGUACCUUCAGGUCAACCCAUGGGGAAUCCGCCCUCGCAGUACAAUAACAUGUCAUUGACCGAUACUGCGCCAGGUUUGAUUGGUGACAUGCCCGUGCAAUCCUUUCCAGCUGCAUCUACGGGCGCUUCGAGCUACGAAGUGCUGCCGGACAUAUACAACGUCGGAACGACUAGUGCUCAAAAUGGGCAAAGCACGGAAGUACGCUGGCAAGGUGUAUCUGACACGACAGUUCUCCAGCUGUACCCACUGGAAUCGACGCCAAACGUUUUGAGUAUGAACGACAAUGGAAACAUGCAGAUGCCGAUGGAUUCCAUGCCUUCGCUGCCGAACGCCUCAUCUGCGAUGGGCUAUCCGCCGGCUGUGCAGCCAUCAUCUGAAGCUUCUAACUCAUACCAAACCAACAAUUCCACGGGUGAAUUUGUGAGCUUUGUUACAGGAAACGAUCCGCGAUUGCUACCUAAUGGACGGGACGUAUCACAGGUGAAUUACUACGAUACGAAUGAAACAAUCUAUCGUGGAGAUUCCGACUUCGAGAUUGCUGCAAGUGCCGACGUGUUGGAUGGGACCACAGUCGGUACAACUGACGAUAGAGCAAUCGCGGAUGUCGAUACGGAGCCAGAGUCUCCGUCGCUCUCACAAACAACGACACCACUACAAUCAGACGUGGAGGGGGAACGAAGCGAUGCUGAUAGACAGCACGACCGUGAAGCGCAGUUAGAACGGUUGCAGGCGGCAUCAAGCGCCUUACAAGACGCCCCAGCAGAAGUCAAUUCAAGCUCUGGACCAGCUUCUGCCUCUGCCACCCCUGCGGAGGUGAGCUGUGCGGCUGGAGAUGUCAGGACAACGGCUCCUGCCACCGCCAUGCCCCAGUCAGAGCAAGAAGUCUCCAAUGUAGAGCUUCCUCACCAGGCCACAACAACAAUGCCUUGUGAUCAACCCGGUGGAAAAGAACCCAGUGCAACGGAAGAGAGCGGUGUUUCUAGGAGAUCUUCUCGAGUACCUCGCAAAAUUACCAACAUCGCGGAUAUGUACGAUCCCGAACUCGGUAAAGCCAACAACAAGGGAGGCUUAGCGAGCGGCGGCGAAGCUGGGACAGGGGAUGCAACCGAUGGAGAAAUUGGGGAGCUAGCAACCGAGUUGCUGGAAGAUUUUGGUGCAACGAUACGUCCACAGAAGAAAGAUCUUCCCCGCUCCCUGCAGUUACUCCGGGCUCAGCUGCUCACUAUGGAAUCAGCAAUUCCACGCGACGCUUUCCGUUCAGGCCGUUGGGGACGCCCUGUCCGUGCUGCAUGGGCAGAGAUGGUGUACGCGUGUGACUUAUCAGCGACACUGAUGGAAGCUGUGGUUUAUUUGGAAGCCAACAUUGAUCCAGAAUGGCUCGAUCCGUGUUGGAAGACAUCUCCACUCCCAUCAGCAAAAAACGCGAUUGCCACAGCAACGAUUGCAUCGGCUGCGAUGCGCCUGUACUCCUUAGACGAUGCGAUUUCUUACGGACGUAUGAAACGCGGAGGCAAGCGCAAGCAUCGAAACUCGUCAAGUGUGAAUUCCAAUCGGCCAGGCUCACCCCAGAAGACAGCAAUAGUUAGUGAGAAAGCAAAAUCUGCAGAGCCUGUAUCGGAUCCGUCGAAGCUGCCAUUUUUGAGCCACUUGACAGCCGGUAUCAUUCGCUUGGCUAACAAAAUGAUUCACAAUAUUCUGGAAGCGCAGCGAGAACGGUCUUUGACAACGUACGCAUAUCGAAAGGCUAGAAACGAGGUUGCUGCAAUCACGUCGCUCGCAGUUGACCAAGUUGAGCAAUGGAUCACAGCAACCUCGGCGGGUCACAUCCAGACGACGUCUGUAUCUGGUCAAUCGCAAAGUGGGAUCGGGCGUCAAGCUCUACCAAAGAGAAAGCAUCCAGGCACACACCCGACGAAGAUGGUAGGCCAGCGCUCUGUUCCUUGCCGGAAACGGAGAGCACAGGGCUCAGCAAUUGUUGUCGCUCCCGUCGCAAAACCACUAGAGACACAGUACGUUGAGCUCCGCUGUUUCCAAAUGAAGACUCCACGACAUUCUUUCCCUAUUGGAAGCGCACAGGAUGUAACGCUGCGGUCACGCUUGGAGCAUAUCAUGGGCGUCGUGUUGAAAAACGAGUUAGCAGUAGCAUUUUCGGCACCGGUGAAUUUGAAACUGGUACCUGGGUACGCAGACGUGAUCAAGCAUCCGAUGGAUUUGGGAACCAUCAAGACAAGGCUAAGCUGUGGGUCUUAUGACCAGCGUUUCGAAAGGCUUGUACGAGACGUGGACCUUGUUUGGGAGAACUGCUUCACGUUCAAUCGACUGGAUGCCGACAUCUCAAGGUGUGCAAAUCGACUGCGGUCAAUCUUCAAUCGACUCUUCGAGCAGUGGGUCACGGAUGUGCUGCCUAACACCCCUGUGUCACACCUUGCCUCGGAGGAAUUGUGCAGGCAGUGCGGCCAGAUGAAUGCGCAGGAGAGUAUGUUGUUGUGUGAUAGUUGCGAUGCAGCAUAUCACGCCUUCUGCCUGCAGCCCCCUCUUUCAGUCGUCCCACCGGGCGACUGGUACUGUCCGCGUUGUCCCCUCAAGAAGCUUACAACGUGA